UCAUUAUUUCCCUGUGUGCCAGCGGUUUAAGCUCUGUUUCCCAGUCCGCUGAGUUUUCCUGAUCCCUCGUCACAUGGUUUGUCAUUACCGUGCCGAGCACAGGCCCUUCUUUGGACUGCCAUCUGAAAUUUAAAUGGACGUGUGGAGGAGGCACGGCAGAGCGGAGUCACGGGGGACCUUCCCUUACUCGGAAGCAGUAACACAAGAGGGAAAAUAAACAUAAGGAAAAGUAGGACGAAGCGGCUGCGAUGUGCGUGCGACGUCUUCUGGUCAUGGAAUAAGUUUUUUGGGCCCCUUUGCUUUUUGGGAUCGCUUCUGUUGAAAUAUUUUAGGAUAUACAAAUUGGGAAAAUAAAUGAACGCUGGAUUUAUUGAUGAAAUUGUAGCCCCUCUGGCAAAGAACUGCCAUACCUUCAUCCUCAGUCUAACAGAACUGCUCAAGUUCAAUUAAAUUUGAUGGUGACUGUUUGUGGACUACAGUCUAAGUCUGGGCUCUGACUAGGCCAUACAAGGACAUUCACCUUCUUCUCCAUCAACCACUGUGUGCUCAGUUUUGCUGUGUGCUUUGGGUCAUUGUCAUGUUGGAAGUGUUCUAAUCCCUGCUGCAGAGAAACACCCUCAUGACAGGUGUAGCAAAGUUCGUAGUUAAGGGACGAAGGAGGCAGGAACCGGCGAACAUUUAAACAUAAAUUUAAUAACAAAAUAAACACAAAACUGAAAAUAGUGUGACAGUUCCACACAGAUGACUGCCAUGCACAAACAGAACCAAAACAACAUAAAUAGUUCAGGCCUGGUCCUCUCUCGUCCUUUACUUUUGUUACUUUGUUACUUUGUUGCCCACAGAAUAACAUAGGUUGCAUAGACAAUUGGACGAGCUUUUGGGGCAGACCUGACCUGUUUAAAAGAGAUGGUCUUCAUCCCUCCUGGGGUGGUGCUGCUCUUCUGUCUAGAAAUAUGGCACAUAGUCUUAGUGUUUAUACUUGACUAACUGGGGCCCAGGUCAGGAAGCAGACAGACUGGCUAAACCGACCGUCUGCUAGCUGCCUCCCGUCACAGAGGUCAGUUAAUUCUCAGCACAUAGAGACUCUUUCACCUAGAUAUCACACUAUAGAGACUGUGUCUGUUCCCCGAACUAGAAAAUACAAAAAACGUCCAAACCAAGUUAAGGUUAACAAUUUAAUUGAGGUUCAACAAAUAAAAAACAAAUGCAAUAUGGAUAAACAAAUGAUAAAGAUUGGCUUAUUGAAUAUCAGAUCCAUUUCUACAAAAACACUUUUUGUAAAUAAUAUGAUAACUGAUCAUAAUAUAGAUGUGCUCUGUUUGACAGAAACUUGGCUAAAACCUGAUGAUUACAUUAUUUUAAAUGAGUCCACCCCCCAAGAUUAUUGUUAUAAACACGAGCCGCGUCUAAAAGGCAAAGGGGGAGGAGUUGCUUCAAUUUAUAACAACGUUUUCAGGAUUUCUCAGAGGGCAGGCUUCAAGUAUAACUCGUUUGAAGUAAUGGUGCUUCAUAUAACAUUAUCCAGAGAAACCAAUGUUAAUGAUAAAUCCCCUGUUAUGUUUGUACUGGCUACUGUAUACAGGCCACCAGGCCACCAUACAGACUUUAUUAAAGAGUUUGGUGAUUUUACAUCCGAGUUAGUUCUGGCUGCAGAUAAAGUCUUAAUAGUUGGUGAUUUUAAUAUCCAUGUCGAUAAUGAAAAAGAUGCAUUGGGAUCAGCAUUUAUAGACAUUCUGAACUCUAUUGGUGUUAGACAACAUGUUUCAGGACCUACUCAUUGUCGAAAUCAUACUCUAGAUUUAAUACUGUCACAUGGAAUUGAUGUUGAUAGUGUUGAAAUUAUUCAGCCAAGUGAUGAUAUCUCAGAUCAUUAUUUAGUUCUAUGUAAACUUCAUAUAGCCAAAAUUGUAAAUCCUACUUCUUGUUACAAGUAUCGAAGAACCAUCACUUCUACCACAAAAGACUGCUUUUUAAGUUAUCUUCCUGAUGUAUCCGAAUUCCUUAGCAUAUCCAAAACCUCAGAACAACUUGAUGAUGUAACAGAAACUAUGGACUCUCUCUUUUCUAGCACUUUAAAUACAGUUGCUCCUUUACGCUUAAGGAAGGUUAAGGAAAACAGUUUGACACCAUGGUAUAAUGAGCAUACUCGCACCCUAAAGAGAGCAGCCCGAAAAAUGGAGCGCAGCUGGAGGAAAACAAAACUAGGGGUAUUUCGUAUUGCUUGGCGGGAAAGUAGCAUAUCCUAUAGAAAAGCAUUAAAAACUGCUAGAUCUGAUUACUUUUCUUCUCUUUUAGAAGAAAACAAAGAUAACCCCAGGUAUUUAUUCAAUACAGUGGCUAAAUUAAUGAAAAAUAAAGCCUCAACAAGUGUUGACAUUUCCCAACACCACAACAGUAAUGACUUUAUGAACUACUUUACUUCUAAAAUCGAUACUAUUAGAGAUAAAAUUUCAACCAUUCAGCCGUCAGCUACCGUAUCAUAUCAGACAGUGCACAAUAGACCCCCUGAGGAACAGUUCCACUCAUUCUCUACUAUACUAUAUAGGAUAUGUCCCCAAAACCUUCAAACUGGCUGUUAUUAAGCCUCUCAUAAAAAAGCCACAACUUGACCCCAGAGAACUUGUUAAUUAUAGACCAAUCUCGAAUCUCCCUUUUCUGUCCAAGAUACUAGAAAAGGUGGUAUCCUCACAAUUAUAUUCCUUCUUAGAGAAUAAUGGUAUAUGUGAGGAUUUCCAGUCAGGAUUUAGACCAUAUCAUAGUACUGAGACUGCUCUCCUUAGAGUUACAAAUGAUCUGCUCUUAUCAUCUGAUCGUGGGUGUAUCUCUCUAUUAGUUUUAUUGGAUCUUAGUGCUGCGUUUGACACAAUUGACCACAACAUUCUUUUGCAUAGACUUGAACACUUUGUUGGCAUCAGUGGAAGUGCAUUAGCAUGGUUUAAAUCGUACUUAUAUGACCGCCAUCAGUUCGUAGCAGUGAAUGAAGAUGUAUCAUAUCGAUCACAAGUGCAGUAUGGAGUACCUCAAGGCUCAGUACUAGGGCCGCUACUCUUCACGCUUUAUAUGUUACCCUUGGGAGAUAUCAUCAGGAAACAUGGUGUUAGCUUUCACUGUUAUGCUGAUGAUACGCAGCUCUAUAUUUCCUCGCAGCCUGGUGAAACACGCCAAUUUGAAAAACUAAUGGAAUGCAUAGUCGAUAUAAAAAAUUGGAUGACGAGUAAUUUCUUACUGCUAAAUUCAGAAAAAACAGAGGUGUUAAUCAUAGGGCCUAAAAACUCCGCUUGUAAUAACCUAGAACACUCCCUAAGACUUGAUGGUUGCUCUGUCAAUUCUUCGUCAUCAGUUAGGAACCUAGGUGUGCUACUUGAUCGCAAUCUUUCCUUAGAAAGCCACGUUUCUAGCAUUUGUAAAACUGCAUUUUUCCAUCUCAAAAAUAUAUCUAAAUUACGGCCUAUGCUCUCAAUGUCAAAUGCAGAAAUGUUAAUCCAUGCAUUUAUGACUUCUAGGUUAGACUAUUGUAAUGCUUUAUUGGGUGGUUGUUCUGCACGCUUGGUAAACAAACUACAGCUAGUCCAAAAUGCAGCAGCAAGAGUUCUUACUAGAACCAGGAAGUAUGACCAUAUUAGCCCGGUCCUGUCCACACUGCACUGGCUCCCUAUCAAACAUCGUAUAGAUUUUAAAAUAUUGCUUAUUACUUAUAAAGCCCUGAAUGGUUUAGCACCUCAGUAUUUGAAUGAGCUCCUUUUACAUUAUACUCCUCUACGUCCGCUACGUUCUCAAAACUCAGGCAAUUUGAUAAUACCUAGAAUAUCAAAAUCAACUGCGGGCGGCAGAUCCUUUUCCUAUUUGGCGCCUAAACUCUGGAAUAACCUACCUAACAUUGUUCGGGAGGCAGACACACUCUUGCAGUUUAAAUCUAGAUUAAAGACCCAUCUCUUUAACCUGGCAUACACAUAACAUACUAAUAUGCUUUUAAUAUCCAAAUCCGUUAAAGGAUUUUUAGGCUGCAUUAAUUAGGUAUACCGGAACCGGAAACACUUCACAUAACACCGUACUUUCUACAUCAUUAGAAGAAUGGCAUCUACGCUAAUAUUUGUCUGUUUCUCUCUUGUUCCGAGGUCACCGUGGCCACGAGAUCCAGUCUGUGUCCAGAUCAGAGGGUCACUUCAGUCACCCGAAUCUAGUACGUAUCCAGACCAGAUGGUGGAUCAGCACCUAGAAAGGACCUCUACUGCCCUGAAAGACAGCGGAGACCAGGACAACUAGAGCCCAGAUACAGAUCCCCUGUAAAGACCUUGUCUCAGACGACCACCGGGACAAGACCACAGGAAACAGAUGAUUCUUCUGCACAAUCUGACUUUGCUGCAGCCUGGAAUUGAACUACUGGUUUUCGUCUGGUCAGAGGAGAACUGACCCCCCAACUGAGCCUGGUUUCUCCCAAGGUUUUUUUCUCCAUUCUGUCACCGAUGGAGUUUCGGUUCCUUGCCGCUGUCGCCUCUGGCUUGCUUAGUUGGGGUCACUUCAUCUACAGCGAUAUCAUUGACUUGAUUGCAAGUAAAAACAGACACUAUUUCCACUGAACAGAGAUGACAUCACUGAAUUCAAUGAUGAACUGCCUUUAACUUUCAUUUUGCAUUAUUGAGACACUGUUUUCCAAAUGAAUGUUGUUCAGUGCUUUGACGCAAUGUAUUUUGUUUAAAGCACUAUAUAAAUAAAGGUGAUUGAUUGA